UAUUACACAAAACAAGAGCGACCCCCACCCCUCAAGAAAACCAGGGUCAAAGUUCACAGGAAGCUGGGGGGCUGCCAUUUUUCCCCGCUGCUGCUACAGCUAACGUUAAACGUUAGAUGCUAAGACGACGGGGAGGGGCGGUUGGUGUCGGAUCCUGUAGCUAACGGCUGUCAACGGCUCGAAUUCGUUACACGAAGUCCGUCAUUUCUCCGACCGUUGUCCCUAACAACCACUGUUAUUGGAUGAAUUCGGCAUGGAGAAGGUAGCGGAGCCGUCUUGGACUUCUUCGUACACCUACCAGGUGAGCAAGCACAGUGCGGAGAUGCUACACAACCUCAACAUUCAGAGGAAAGAUGGAGGCAGGUUCUGCGAUGUGAUCCUGCGCGUCGGCGAGGAGAGCUUCCCUGCUCACAAAGCGGUGUUGGCGGCGUGCAGCGAGUAUUUCGAGUCGGUGUUCAGCCGCCAGACGGAGGGCGACGGCGACGCCAAGGAGCUGGAGAUGCACACCAUCAGCCCGAAAGUUUUUAAAGACGUUUUGGACUUCGCCUACACCUCCAGGAUUGUGGUGCGACUGGAGUGCUUCCCGGAGUUGAUGACAGCUGCCAAGUUUCUGCUGAUGCGGUCGGUCAUCGAGAUCUGUCAGGAGGUCAUCAAACAGUCCAACGUACAGAUCCUCGUCCCCACCUCCCGCGGAGGAGACGCCAGCCUUUUCCAGGCCACGGGGGCCACGGAGCUGGGUUUCCCGGUGGCACAGCAGGAUCUGGUGAACGGAACGGGAAUGCUGGUGAACGGGCAGAGCUUUGCUAACAAUGCACAGAUGCAUGUGGAUGGGAGCGAAGAGCCCGCCGCCGUGUUAUUAGAGGACGGCGGAGAGUCGUCGGUGCCGAUGUUGGAGCCCGUCGAAGGACUGUCCGUCUCCCCGUCGACGGAAAUGCCGGGGAACGCGUUUCAACACGACGCUGGCUCCCCGGGGUCGAAGCGGAGCAGGGGGAGACCAAAGAAAGCUGGCGGGGCAGUGGAGGCUAUACACUUUAAUCACAGCAGCACCCAGAAAGACAAUGGGCUGUUUCCUUGCGGGACCUGCGGUAAAGCUUUUACAGAGGCUUCCCGCUUGAAGAACCACGAAGCUCAGCACGGAGCUCAGCACACCGGCGGUGUAAACAACGCCGGUGACAGCCUGUCAGCGGCGGGCGGCAUGUCUUUAAUGUCUCAGCCCGGUCUGGUGGAAAACGGCGUGCAGUUACACGGAGGGCUGGCGCUGGAUAACGGCCGCAAACGGGAGAGGACCCGGCGGCAUGUCGGCUGUGACAUUUGCGGCAAAGUUUUCCGCGACGUUUACCACCUGAACCGGCACAAGCUCUCCCACUCCGGGGAGAAACCGUACGCUUGCCAUGUGUGCGGGCUCCGGUUCAAACGCAAGGACAGGAUGUCGUACCAUGUGCGGUCCCAUGACGGCUCAGUCGGCAAACCCUACGUGUGCCAAAGCUGUGGUAAAGGUUUUUCACGACCAGACCACCUGAACGGACAUAUCAAACAGGUCCACACAACAGAAAGACCCCACAAGUGCCAGAUUUGUAACGCCUCUUUUGCUACAAGAGAUCGCCUCCGGUCGCACCUCGCAUGCCACGAGGACAAAAUCCCCUGCAAAGUUUGUGGCAAGUUUUUGCGAGCCGCCUACAUGACGGACCACCUCAAGAAACACAGCGAGGGAACGCAUAACUACUGCGGCAUUUGCAACAAAGGUUUCUCCACUGCGUCCUACCUUAAGGUGCACAUAAAGACACACCACGGCUCUCCACUGCCCCCCUCUGCCACAAUGCACACCUUCCCUGAGCCGAGGGGGGAGCUGCAGAUGCACAAUGGCAACCCUUACCACAUGGGACGCCAGUGCUCAGUGGAAGACCUGUGCGCCAGUCGCCAGCUGCUUCUCACCUCGUCUGAGGCAGAGGGUCGCUUUCAUGGGCUCUCUGGACACCCAGUGCUCCCGCAGCCUGGCCCUCCUGCCUUGGGCCUGCAGCCUGAGCUGCUCAUGGGGAAGGCAGGUGGGGCUCCAUAUUUCUGGGAGUGUCGCUCUGGCGGGUUGCCUGGCUUCCCCGUCCAUGGGCCUGUCGCAGACGGGCAGGAAAACGCCGGGAAAUGUCCUCACCUGGAAUCAGAAGAAUCCGAUCCUUCAUUUGGAGAGUUGCCCAACGGCGACGAGCUCAAAUCUCCACACAAGCCCGACGGGCCCGAGCUGGAGAUGCCCUCUUUAGCCUGCAACGGAGCCUCUGCGGGCGCCUUGGGGUCUCCGGAGGGAUCUAAAGCCAAGACGGACCCUGAGAAGAAGUUUACCUGUGCCAUCUGCGGUCAGGCCUUCCGCACCAAGUCCUACCUCAACAAGCACCAGCACAGAGUUCACAAAGCCCAGAAGGCUCAGGGGGUUUCAGGGUCAGGCUUAAACGAGCUGGGCCCCUCCCUGACCUCUCCCUUCUCCCCUCAACAAAACAUGUCUCUGCUCGAGUCGUUUGGCUUUCAGAUAGUCCAGUCUGCGUUCGCCUCUUCUCUGGUGGAUGCCGAGGCAGGGCAAAGUGGAAUCGACUUUGGAGGGAAGUGACAUGUUUGCAUUAAAGUUUUUGUUUUUGCAAAGCCUCUCGUUCUUAGGACAAAGCCGGGUUGCCCACAGAAGAUGCUCUGUGUUUGGGAAUAACUUUGCCUCAAGACUACUUUUUUCCGUUUGUGACGUUGCUUAAUGUGUAUCCGAUAUUUUUGUCACAGACUGCCAUACGAUUCCUACUUUUUCUACUUUUUCAGAGUAUGAAAAGUGCGUGUACGGUGUUACGUUUUCUUUUUAAAGAAACGACAUGAAGGUUUUAUGUCCUUUAUCUGAUGUGGAUCUGUUGAAGUUACGUUGGGUAUGUUUUUGCUUUUGUUUCGGCUUAUGUGUUGUUGAACUUUCUUAGCUGCACAAAUCUUUGUUGACAUGAGACGAAUUAUUUACUGCAACCUUAAAAUAAGUAAUUACUUGCUGUCUCUUCGUGAAUUCUGUAUUUAUGUUGUUCUCUGCGUCUUUUUAAGAAGUUUUUCUGAAGGACAGAGAUCUGAAUUGGCCUCACUUUUGAUAGCAGAUUUUCUUUGAAUUUCUUAAUUGUUCCAAGAAGCAUUCCUAACAGGCCCAUGGAAAACCUCUCGACAUGUUUGUUACAAGCAAUUUUCUUCGGCUUCAUUCAGAAAAUGUCUGGCCGCUGAGCAGCACUGAGAGCUAGCAAGGACCUUUAAUGAAUUACUAUUGACAGGAUUACAGUUAAAAUGUAUAGCAUCCACACUAAGCUCAUCUCGGACUGUAAAAGCAGGCAAAAAAGACUUCAAUAAUCAAUAAUUAAGCUACCUCACAGAAGAAGAAACACCAGAGUGCUUUGGGUAUCAUAGCCGAGUUAAUUCUUCGUUAGAUUUAAAGUUAUACCAAAUUCACAAAUGAAAGCCACUUUUCCUGUCAGGAAUUUUGAAACCCCAUAAGCACUAUGCCGUUUUUAGUCUGGGUUUCUUUCCUUUCUCAUAUCCUGGUCUUUAGAUAUGUCAUUCUAGUAGAACUACGUGUUUUUUCUAUUGUUUGAACAAAGCCUUUGAGGAGUGUUAUGAUUCAGCACGAACCUGAGCGGCUCUGAAUCUUAACCAGAGCGCAUCGCUGGAGGGAUGUGAUCUAAAUGAAGCAGAUCUACUGACGGCUCAUUUGGAUGUGUAAAGCCCUUUGUCAUAUUUUGAUUUGACAAUUUGUAAAAUGAAUUAAUAAUACGGAAAAAAAUCCAGAAGUAAGGAGAGGAAAGCCAUUUAUUAUUCCGAUCUAUACUGUGUACAGGAAUACGUUUUUUUGAAACUUUCCCAGGAUAAAAUGUUUAUAACCUGUAAAACUUGUCUUGAAACGUCCCUGGAGCCUGUUAGGAAUGACCCCCCCCCCCACCGCAAUGACAAAGUUUAAAGUCUUGUUUGAUGGGUAUUAAAUCAUUUGUGUACAUUAAACAGGGACCAAGGUCAGGUAUAUUGUCAGUAUAUAUUUUGAGAAAUGUAGAUUAUAUUUUAUUAACUUAUUCAUGCCCUCGGUUUUGUGUACAGUUUUCUUUUUUUUUGGUUUUUAAUUGUCAAAUGAAAAUCUUGUGAUUUGCUAAUUUUUCACUCUAAAUUAUGUUAAAUGGAGGUGUGUGUGUG